AUGUCACAGAGAUCUGAGGGGAUGUUGAACGCGUUGGGCAAGACUCUCAUUUUCAGAAAGCCAUACCGGUGUCCCGAGUGCGGCAGGAGCUUCAGCGACAAGGCCUCGCUCAUCGUGCACGAGAGGACCCACACAGGGGAGAAGCCCUACGAGUGCCCCAUGUGUGGCAAAAGCUUCACCUCAAGCUCCAACCUCAUCACCCACAAGCGGGUGCACACCGGGGAGAAGCCCUACAAGUGCUCUGAAUGCGGGCAGAGUUUUGUUCACCGGCCACAGUUGGUCAUCCACAUUCGGACGCACACCGGAGAGAAGCCGUACGAGUGUCCCGAGUGCGGGAAAAGCUUCAACCAGAAGGCCGAUCUCAUCAUCCACAGGCGCAUCCACACCGGGGAGAAGCCCUACGAGUGUCCCGAGUGCGGGAAAAGCUUCAUCUCGAGCUCUUACCUUCGGAAGCACGAGCGGCUGCACACAGGGAAGAAAGCGCCAGCCGGCGAAGAAAGCCACCAGUGCAGCUACUGCCGGAAGAGCUUCAUCAGCCGAUCCAAGCUCCUCAUCCACGAGAGGACCCACACGGGAGAGAAGCCCUUUGAGUGUGCCGACUGCGGGAAGAGCUUCAGCACCAGCUCCAACUUGGUUAACCACAAGAGGGUCCACACGGGCGAGAAGCCGUACCAGUGCUCGGAUUGCGGGCAGAAAUUCAGCACGAACUCAAACCUGGUCAAUCACCGGCGGGUCCACACAGGAGAAAAGCCGUACAAGUGCUCCGACUGUGGCAAGAGCUUUGGCACCAAGGCAGCCCUCCUGAAGCACAAAGCCACCCACACGGGGGAGAAACCCUACGCCUGCUCCGAGUGCGGGAAGCGCUUCACGACCAGCUCCAACCUGAUCUACCACAACAUCGUCCACACGGGGGAGAAGCCCCACAAGUGCGCCGACUGCGGCAAAGGCUUCCACUGGAAGUCGUCCUUGAUUACCCACGAGAGGACUCACACGGGGGAGAAGCCGUACGAGUGUCCCGAGUGCGGGAAGAGCUUUGGAAACAGCUCCCAGCUUCUGAGGCACAAGCGGGUGCACACGGGCGAGAAGCCGUACCACUGCUCCGAGUGCGGCCGGAGCUUCAACCAGAUCGCCUCGCUCAUCGCGCACAAGCGAAUCCACACGGGGGAGAAGCCGUACGAGUGCGCCGAAUGCGGGAAGGGUUUUGGCACGCGGACCAACCUGAUGAUGCACCGGAGGGUCCACACGGGAGAGAGGCCGUAUAAGUGCUCCUACUGUGGGCAGAGCUUCAGCCAGAGGACUCACCUCAUCAUCCACGAGAGGACCCACACGGGAGAAAAGCCCUACAGCUGCUCCGAGUGCGGGAAAAGCUUCAACGCCAAAGCGCCCCUGAUCACCCACAAAAGGAUCCACACGGGGGAGAACCUGUAUCAGUGCUUCCAGUGCGGGAAAAGCUUCAGCACCAGCUCCAAUCUCCUGAACCACAACAUCAUCCACACGGGGGAAAAACCCCACAAAUGCUUGGACUGUGGCAAAUGCUUCAAUCGGAAAUCCUCCCUGAUCACUCACCAGAGGACCCACACCGGGGAGAAGCCCUAUGCCUGCUUUGAGUGUGGGAAGCGUUUCAUUUCGAGUUCGGAUCUCACCAAGCACAAGAAAGUUCACCGGGGGAAGCGGGCAGCCUGCCCUGCCAGUUUAGUGUAUAGCCCAACACUUGCAGGAUCAGGGGAUCCGAGACAACACCCUUGCUAA